GGACAUUAGACAUUAUUCUUAAAUGUUAACCACAACUUUGUUCUGUGCUUUCCAAGCUGUGGCCAAAUAUAUGUGUGUCUGAGUUUUUGUGUGUGUGUGUGUGUGGACACAUACCCAUAAACCUACGGGCUCUGUCUGUUACUUCAUUUAACGUUAGGUUGGUGCAGUAUCAAAGAAAAAGAUGGUGGGUGGGUUAGAAGUUUAUGUUCCUGCAAUGGCUAUGAUUGGCUUACAGUUUCAUUAUGCAGUUCUUGCCAUCUUCACGCGUGCUGCUCUCUUGCAUGGAAUGAACACCAGAGUCUUUGUUGUGUACAGGCAAGCCAUUGCCACUUUGGCAAUGGCUCCCUUUGCUUUAUCCUGCAAGAGGAGACCUUCUCUCAGGACUUCACUGGGAUUGAAGAGCUUGUCUUUGAUGUUUGCCACCUCUUUAAUUGGGGUAACAGCAAAUCAGAAUGCUUAUUUUGAAGGUUUACAUUUGUCAUCUUCUACAGUCACUACAGCCAUGAGUAAUCUAAUACCAGCAGUAACCUUCGUUCUUGCAACAAUUUUCGGAUUGGAGAAAAUAGAUGUAAGAAGCUUGAGAAGCAUAGCCAAGAUAACAGGAACAGUAUUAUGUGUCGGUGGAGCCAUAACUAUGGCGUUGCUCAAAGGACAGAAACUGUUACACUUGCGGUUCCUUCUUUCUAAACAAACCUUUGGCUUACAUGGUGACAAUUGGCUGCUUGGUUGUGGAUUUCUCUUGGCAAGCAGUAUCUUUUGGGCAUUUUGGAUGAUCAUGCAGGUACCAGUAUCUGCAAGCUGCCCGGACCAUGUAGUUUCAACAUUUUGGAUGUGUUUAAUGGCGGCAAUACAGUCAGCCAUAUUCACACUGGUUGUUGAAAAAGAUUCCCAAGCAUGGAUUCUAAAUUCAGCUCUAGAAUAUUCAAGUUGUUUGUAUGCAGGAAUUGGAAUUGCUGUAAGUUUUUUCAUUCAAAGUUGGACCAUCUCAAAAAGAGGCCCUUUGUUCUGUGCAAUGUUCAACCCGUUAUGCACAGUGAUCACAGCCAUGGUUUCUGCUACUUUUCUACAUGAAGAUUUAUAUGUUGGAAGCUUGAUAGGAGGUCUUGCAGUGAUAAGUGGUUUGUACAUAGUGCUGUGGGGUAAGGCCAAAGAGGUUGAAGGGGUCAAAGAAGAGGCACAACUGAAAACUGAUCAGAAUGAUCAGAUAAGUUGCAAAACAGAUUUGGAAGAAGCACUUCUGUCACCGCAUGUAUCAGAGAGCAAGAUCACUCAUUGACUACCACACAAUUUUGGUUGUAUUUUGAUUUGAUCAUUUGGCCAAAAAGAAAAUUACGAACUAGUGGCAUGUAUUUCUUGAAACUGUCAACGUCAACAUUACCAAUGAAAAUAAAUUCAAUUCAGUU